GCCGUCGGCGACGAGGUGGAGCCGAAAAAGCGGGGCACGGAGGCCGAGGCCCGGGCGUACCUCGACCGCCACAGGCUGCACGAGUUCAUGCACUCGCUCUUCGAGAUGCUGCUGCGCGAGCGGCCGGCGGACCCGUACGCGUUCAUGGCCGGCCACUUCCGCGAGGCCGCGCUGCUGGAGCCCUGCGACGUCCCCGCCGCGGCGUCCGCGAACAACGCCGUGGUGGUCGCGAAGGCCUCGCGCAGCAACAUCUCCACCGCGCCCACGAGCACGGCCACGGCCGUGCCGCGGAAGGAGCCUCCCGUCGUGUCGGUGCCCACUCAGCUGCCG